AUGUCCUCAAAAACCUCAUCCCUUCCGCACGAAGUCUAUCUUUCAAUAUUCUCUCAUAUAGCUACUGCGGACCUUCUCUCGGCUUCUCUUGUGAAUCGCAGUUGGCACCACUCUGCCUUAUCGCUCCUCUACGCUCACCUUUAUCUCACCUCAUCUAAAAAACUGUCCUUAUUACACAAAUACUCACUGAUUUCUCGCCAUUCUCGACUAAUUCACAGUGUGACACUUUAUCGGAUUGAUCUCACGAUUCAAGAUAAAUUGACGUUGGUGAAUGAAUGUCAAAGUUUGAUCUCGAUCACGUUGAUCAAAUGCACGAAUAUAGAUUCAGAAUUCUUGAGGGAGUUUGUGAAAGCGAACAUGUUUUCUCUCGAGAGAUUUUGCAUUUGGGGCGAUAGCACACCUGGAAACAACCUUGCCAACGAAACAAAGAUAACUGACGAUCUGCUGACGCCGAUGUUGGAAUUUUGUGGAAAUCUUCGAGAACUUAGGGUUUGCGGUGCUGAGAUAACUGAUGAUUUUUUAACCAAUCUAGCAUCCUCCAUGAGCGAUCAACUAUCAUCCACCUCUUCGUCAAUCGAAGAUAACAACGAUCAUGAAAUUCCCUAUUCCACUUACGUAAACAAUUAUACGGCGAACAUUGAGGAUAACAUUGAGAAUUUUCCUCGUACCAGUAAUUCUUCCACGAACACAACAAAUUCGGCUUAUACAGCAGACAAUAAGCAUUCAAUGACAUCAUCGUCGAUAAAUGCUUCUUUUGAUACAACCUUAAACACGUGUAGUACGUGUACAAGUCAUAAUGACACCGCAUUUUCUAACGAUGAGAGUAUAUACUUUUAUUCACCCACAAUAAUCACCUGUCCACAUCUAACUACAUUGGACCUUACUGAGUGCUUUAACUUGACCGCCUUCGGUGUAGCCGAACUGUUUUCUCCACAACAACUACCCAAAUUUCACGUUCUCAUCCUUCAAUAUAAUUCUCAGAACGACCUUGAUCUAGAGUUUUUCGAAUUCUUGGCGGACAAUUUCAAGUCUCACAUUUUUAAAAUAAACAUGCUAAAUUCCAAGGGGUCCAACGGAAAGAAUAAGGCGCUACAAACAUUUGCAAGGGCGUCUAAAGACCUAUAUAUCUUGGGAAAGAGGAAGAAUAAUGUACAGGUGAUCAAAAAGGAGCGAAGGAUAUUAGAUGAGGAAAUUUUGAAGAUCUUUUGUGCGAGAGCUAAAUUUUAG